CGCGGAGGAGAAAGAGCGAGAGGCUUCUGGGCCUCCGAGGCCGCCGUAGCGAGGGGGCGGGGCCCGGGGGGCGGGCAGCAUGGCGGCGCGGCACAGUGACAGCGACGAGGACCUGGUCAGCUACGGGACCGGCCUGGAGCCCCUGGAAGAAGGUGAAAGACCAAAGAAACCAAUUCCUCUUCAGGAUCAGACUGUCAGAGAUGAAAAAGGAAGGUAUAAACGAUUUCAUGGAGCCUUUAGCGGAGGUUUCUCUGCUGGGUACUUCAAUACCGUUGGCUCAAAGGAAGGUAUGAUUUUCCUUCUUAUAGCUACUAUGUUGGCAAAGCAAAUGAUUGAAGUAUUAUUUAUCAUGUUUAAUCACUUCCCAAAUAAUGUAACUCUGUUUGAAUUUUUUUUUUUUAAGGAUCUCAGUGAAUUUGGGAUCGCACCUAAAGCGAUUGUUACGACCGAUGAUUUUGCUUCAAAAACCAAAGAUAGGAUACGAGAAAAGGCCAGGCAGUUGGCAGCUGCUACCGCCCCUAUUCCUGGAGCCACCCUGCUUGACGACUUCGUAACGCCAGCAAAAUUAUCUGUCGGUUUCGAAUUGCUAAGAAAAAUGGGCUGGAAGGAAGGACAAGGAGUCGGUCCUCGAGUGAAGAGACGGCCACGCAGACAGAAACCUGAUCCUGGAGUCAAAAUCUACGGCUGCGCGUUACCCCCUGGAGGUUCUGAGGGAUCCGAGGAUGAAGAUGAUGACUACCUGCCCGACAAUGUGACCUUUGCACCCAAGGAUGUCACACCCGUGGAUUUCACACCCAAAGACAACGUGCACGGACUGGCUUACAAGGGCCUGGACCCCCACCAGGCCCUGUUUGGAACUUCGGGAGAACGGUUCGAUCUUUUCAGUGGGGCGUCUGAGGGAGCCGGCGGUCUUCUUGGAGAUGUUGGACUGAGUAAAGGAAGAAAAUUGGGAAUUUCAGGCCAGGUAAACGGGUUUCUGUGUCUUAAAGGUGGAGCCAUUGACAAAUGCGGGUACGCUUUCCUGACUACAUUCGCCCCAUGGCAGGCGCUCAGGAAGGUUGUGUUUUCCUCAGGAUUGAUUCUGGAGACAUCUGAAACACACCUUCCUGAGUUUAAUGUCAGCUCCCGAGAGCCCGUGCCCGACGUUCUUGGUGGAGGUUGUGUGUUCUCAGGGAAGAGGGUGGCUUUCUCACUCCAGUGGAAAUCAGAGAAGGAUCUUCGAUAUGUUGGCAAAAUUUUGGAUGGAUUUUCCUUGGCGUCUAAACCUUUAUCUUCUAAGAAAAUCUACCCACCCCCUCAGCUGCCACGAGACUAUCGACCGGUGCAUUAUUUCAGACCCGUGGUCGCUGCGAGCUCUGAGAACACCCACUUGCUCCAGGUAUUGUCCGAGUCAGCAGGAAAGGCAGCACACGACCCGGGGACACAUAGUAGGCACCAGCUGAAUGCCUCCAAACGGGCAGAACUGCUAGGAGAGACGCCUAUGAAAGGCUCAGCUACUUCAGUGUUAGAAUUUCUGUCUCAAAAAGACAAAGAGAGAAUCAAAGAAGUGAAGCAGGCAACCGACCUCAAAGCAGCUCAGCUCAAGGCCCGGAGCCUGGCCCAGAGCGCCCUGAGCAGCGGACCCCAGCCUUCCCCUCCAGAUGCCAGACGCAGCUCUUGGCACCUGCCACCGGGUGCGGGGGCAGCCACCACAAGAGCCAGCAACUUCAAACCUUUCGCAAAAGAUCCGGAAAAGCAGAAACGAUACGAAGAGUUCUUAGUGCAUAUGAAGCAGGGUCAGAAAGACGCCCUGGACCGCUGCCUGGACCCCAGCAUGACCGAGUGGGAGCGCGGCCGCGAGCGCGACGAGUUCGCUCGGGCGGCCCUGCUGUACGCGCCCUCCCGCUCGACCUUGUCCUCCCGCUUCACGCAUGCCAAGGAGGAAGACGACUCAGACCAGGUUGAAGUCCCCCGAGACCAAGAGAACGAUGUCGGGGACAAACAGUCGGCCGUGAAGAUGAAGAUGUUUGGGAAGCUCACCCGAGACACGUUUGAGUGGCACCCUGACAAGCUUCUGUGUAAGAGGUUUAAUGUCCCUGACCCUUAUCCAGAUUCAACUCUAGUUGGCUUACCAAGAGUGAAGCGUGACAAAUACUCAGUCUUCAACUUUCUGACGCUGCCAGAGACGGCCGCCUUGCCCACAACUCAAACACAGAGUGAAAAAGUGCCACAGCUCCAAGGGCCUGACAAAUCAAGGAAACCAUCCAGGUGGGAUACGUCUAAACAAGAAAAGAAAGAAGACUCCAUUAGUGAAUUUUUAAGUUUGGCUCGAUCAAAAGUUGGCCCACCUAAACAAGAGUCCAGUCCCUUAGUAAACAAAGAGAAGGAGUGUAUGCCGGAGUCACUCUCGGAUAAGGUGGCAAGCAAAGGCGUGGACCCGCAGGCUGAAGGAGGAGGCGGCCGGCCGUCCAUGGAUCUGUUCAAGGCUAUCUUUGCCAGCUCCUCGGAUGAGAAGUCCUCGUCCUCUGAGGACGAGCAGGGUGGCAGCGAGGACGAUCAGGAGGUCACUGGGGAAGCCGACCUCCAGGGUCCCCAGGAGACUGACUUGGGGGAACCACCACCUGUGGCUCAGGCUCUGGAGCCAGCAGCACCCCAGGAGCCGGCACCUCCCUUGGCACCUUCCUUCCCGAUACAAAAGAUGCAGAUGGACGAAAGGGAAGAGUUCGGCCCACGCCUGCCUCCCGUCUUCUGCCCCAAUGCUCGUCAGAAACUUGAGGAACCCCAAAAAGAGAAACACAGAAAAAACAAAGAAAAACACAAGACCAAGAAAGAGCACAAACGAAAGAAAGAGAAGAAAAAGAAACACAGGAAGCACAAACACAAAAGCAAGCAAAAGAAUAAAAAACCCGAGAGAAGUAGUAGUUCUGAAAGCAGCGACAGCAGUGACAGCCAGAGCGAUGAAGAAGGAGCCGGAGACGUGUCGCCGGGGGAGUUGCUGAGACGGCUGAAAUGUCUCCCACUAAGGAGGCAGUAAUCGAAUUCUGCCUGGCCCUGUCCCAGAAUCACAUCUCUUCCAUGAUGGAAGCUCAUCGAUUGUUCAGUUACUACAUUGUACAGAUUGUAUUUAUAUGUAAAUUCCUGCUGUAAAAUAAUUUUUUAAAACCUCGACAUUUCAAAGACUGCCUGGAAAGGUUGCAGAAAUUGAUUUCUAUUUUUGAGUUCACCUAGUGUCAGGGGGAAGAAACCCAGACUGAACAGUUUAAUUAAAGUGGAAUUUUUCUAUUUUC